CCCUCUGCUCGUCUCAGCGCCGCUCGGGCAUCGCAGCGCGCCGAACACAAGGAUCACAGGAGAGGAUGGCGCGGGGCAGCUCAGCGGGGUACGACAGGCACAUCACCAUCUUCUCGCCCGAGGGGCGCCUCUACCAGGUCGAGUACGCCUUCAAGGCGAUCAAGACCUCGGGCCUCACCUCCGUCGGAGUGCGGGGCGCCGACUCGUGUGUCGUCCUCACGCAGCGCAAGGUGCCGGACAAGCUGUACGAUCCCGAGUCGGUGACCAACAUGUACGCGAUCACGCCCAACAUCGGGCUCGUCAUGACGGGCAUCGUGCCCGACGCGCGCGCCUCCGUCAAGAAAUUGCGCGAGGAGGCGGCAAAGUUCAAGUUCAACAACGGGUACGACAUCCCGGUCUCGUACCUCGCAAAGCGAGCCGCCGACACCGCGCAGGUCUACACGCAGCACGCAAACAUGCGCCCGCUCGGCAUUGCGAUGAUCAUCAUCGGCAUCGACGUCGAGGGCGAGAAGAAGGUGCCGCAGCUCUUCCGGUGUGACCCUGCCGGCUACUACGUCGGCUACAAGGCCACGUCCGCAGGUGCGAAGGAGCAGGAGGCAAACAACUUUCUGGAGAAGCGCUUCAAGCCGCCCGCCGGCUCCAACGUGGCCGUCGACCCGAAGCUCAGCCACGACGAUACGGUGCAGCUCGCGCUCGCCUGCCUGCAGAACGUGCUCGGCGCCGACCUCAAGGCGAACGACAUCGAGGCGUGCGUCGUGCGGCACGACAACCUCGCCUUCACCCGGCUGUCAGCGGACGAGCUGGAGACGCAGCUGACAGCGCUCGCCGAGCGGGACGACGACAUCGCAGGGCGCGACUGAGGGAGGGGCGGAGGCGGCGGCGGGCGGGGGGGCGGCGGCGGAGGGGGCAGGUGGGGGCGGGCGCACGAGGCGCGCUGGUAGUCUGGCGAGAGCGCAGGGCGCGGGCGAGGCGUUUUGCUCUCUGGGGUCGGACGCGACCUUCUCACAUCUUUCAUUCGCCUCACACACCGCUCGUUUACUGUGUAUUUCGUGUAUGUAUCGAGCGAGAGACGAAAGUCCGGUCAAAA